GCCAGAGAGAGUAGGGUGAGAGAAAGAAACCCAUUGGUUGUCAUUUGCUCUACUGAUAAGACAUUUAUUUUUUAUCUCUGAAAAAAACAUGCUAUAAAACAGGGGGACACAGAAAACACUAAAUACUAAACCUGGGUUUAGACCAACAGCUUAGGUCCAACAGUGCUUGUUCAGGAGCUCUUGAAGCCGGUUUGGCCACUCCUCAGACAUUCUCUUUGAGGACAUUAUUUAUUUUGAGCUGCUAACCUAGGUACAGGCACUUCAUAAAACAGACAUACAAGACGGAUUCUUCACAAAUUAAAGCAUCAUGGAGCAUAGCUCAAGGCCAGGUGGGAAGUUAAACCUCAUGAAUGGUGCCCUAGUGCAGGCCAGACCUAAACCUCAGGCAAGAGAGCAGUGGUCUAAUAAGCUGGAGUUUCUCUUGGCGGUGGCAGGGCACAUCAUUGGCCUGGGAAAUGUGUGGAGGUUUCCUUACUUGUGCUACAAGAAUGGAGGGGGUGCAUUUUUUGUGCCGUAUGUGCUGUUUCUCUUCACCUGUGGGAUUCCACUUUUCUUUUUGGAGACCUCACUCGGUCAGUUCACCAGUCAGGGUGGAAUUACGUGCUGGAGAAAGAUCUGUCCACUGUUUGAAGGUCUUGGUUAUGGUAGCCAAGUUGUUGUCCUCUAUACAGGAGUCUAUUACAUCAUAAUUCUUGCUUGGGCUUUCCUUUACCUCUUUUCAUCCUUCAGUUCAGAGCUGCCAUGGGCAAGCUGCAACAACUACUGGAACACAGAGAACUGCAAAGAGUUCAGCAAAAGCAACAUCACUAAAUAUUCUCCAGAGAAAAGCACAUCUCCUGUUAUUGAGUUUUGGGAGAGAAGAAUUUUGGGCUUGUCUGAGGGAAUAGACCAGAUUGGUAAUGUUAGAUGGGACUUGGCACUCUGCCUCCUGCUGGCCUGGAUCAUCUGCUACUUCUGUGUGUGGAAGGGAGUGAAGUCCACAGGCAAGGUGGUCUACUUCACUGCUACUUUCCCCUAUUUAAUGUUGGUCGUGCUGCUGGUCCGUGGCCUUACUCUUCCUGGAGCGAAAAAUGGCAUCACAUUCUACCUCUACCCUGAUCCAGCACGUCUCAAAGACCCACAGGUGUGGAUGGAUGCAGGUAGUCAGAUAUUUUACUCCUAUGGAGUCUGUACAGGAGUACUGACUGCUUUGGGAAGCUACAACAAAUAUGAGAACAACUGCUAUAGAGACUGUGUAUACUUGUGUCUGCUCAACAGCUUAACUAGCUUUGUGGCUGGUUUUGCUAUAUUUUCGGUCCUGGGCUUCAUGGCAGAUGAACAGGGAAUUGAUAUUUCAAUGGUUGCAGAGUCAGGUCCUGGUUUGGCUUUCAUUGCUUACCCCCGUGCUGUAGCUUUGAUGCCCCUGCCUCAGUUAUGGGCAAUCUUCUUUUUUAUCAUGAUCAUAUUCCUGGGAUUGGAUAGCGAGUUUGUGUAUCAUGAAGCCCUGGUAACUGCUAUCUCGGAUAUGUAUCCCUCCUUCUUCCAAGUUGGACACCGGCGAAAAUUUCUUCUCCUCUUCAUAAGUGCUGCCAGCUUCCUUGUUGGUCUGCUAAUGGUAACAGAGGGUGGCCUGUAUGUCUUCCAGCUUUUUGACUAUUAUGCCUGUAGUGGCAUGACUCUUCUUACCUUCGCUGUCCUUCAGUCCAUCUGUGUUGGAUGGGUAUAUGGUGCAGAUCGCCUCUAUGACAGCAUUGAGGAUAUGAUUGGAUAUCGGCCCUGGCCUUUCAUGAAGUGUUGCUGGAAAUAUUUAACACCUGCUAUAUGCACAGGAACGCUUAUCUUCUCCUUGAUUAAAUACACCCCUCUGAAGUUCAACAAUGUGUAUGAGUACCCCUGGUGGGGUUAUGCGAUUGGUGGCUUCUUCACCCUUUCCUCCACCCUACUAAUUCCACUGUGGAUGAUUUAUUCGGUUUGCACCACUCCAGGGUCUAUGCAACAGAGAGUAAGAGCUUUGUGUACUCCUGCUGAAGACCUGCCAGAUCCUAAACGCCCAAAACAGAAGCUAAACACUGUUACUUUUGAAACCUUCACAGACCUAUUGACUUUACGAACUGUUCAUACACCAAACUCAUUAUCUCACAGAGACAUUGUCUGAUUGUCCAGCAUUUCAGCGUUGCAUUUGGCCUCCUGAUCUUGUCCUCCUGUUAACCCAUUAUCAUUGGAUUGGCAUUGUGAUGCACCAGUGCCGUAACCACCAUAGACAGUGAGGGGUUAAAAUCAUCUCAAUAAUUAGAAAAUAAUUGGAAAUGGCCACAUUGUCCUGUUUGUUGUUAGGAUGACCAAAAUAUAUUUUCGUAACUUUAAAAGUUACAUUUUAAGCUUGUCUGCUUCAGCAUUCAACAGCUCUUGUCAGUGUCAAAAUGACUGAGAUGGUCAACCAAGGUUAAGUAGGAGAGGUUGACGAAAUAGAACACACAUUCCAGCAUUAAGUGCAAUGUUUUAAUGUAGGUUUAUAUAUAAAUUGGUCCCUCUAAUGUUUAAGGCUUUUUGAUGAACAUCAUGUGAUGGUUAAGUGCUGAAACGUUUUUCAAAGCAACAGUUUUUAAUUGAUCAUACAGUUAGGCCUAAAUGAUAAAGUUCAUAUGGAGAAUAAAUUCAAAUGUAUAUAUUUCUGUACAAUUGACAGGACAAGACUGGUUUGCUCUUUAUAAAUGCAUUGAAGUGGUACCUCAAAAAGGGCAGGCCUCCUGUUUUGCUUUUUUUCAGCUUUCCCUUUUAGAAUGAAGUGUGUUUGUCUGACAUGUAAAAAAAAAAAAAAGUGUAUUAAAAGUGAAAAUUACAAAUGAGAGUAGUUAGUAUACAAAUACAUUUUUUUUAAAUAAUUGUGUUAUUUUUAUGUAAAAGUGUAUUAUGCUAAAGUUAACUUUAGACAAAUAAAUGACAAAAGUUUUGGAUAAACUUUAUCAUGCAAGAUCUGCUGGGUAACUAAUGACAUUACAGCAAUGACAUCGACCUAUAUAUACGUUUAAACGUAAUGUUUUAGACUACAUCAGAAACAGGUUUAUCAAAAAUCAGACUUCCAAUGAACACUCAUGAACCUUCACAUUCCAAGAACACAGAGUUCAGGGAACUGUUUUUAUAUUUUGAUGGACUAGAUCUUAGCUUGUCCAAAUGUGAAUGAAUGCACCAUCUGCUGGACAUAAAAAGUGUAUUUUUGUCUCCAUGCAGAGAUUGUUGGAUAGCUCCAUCUACUGGACAAUAUUUAGACCCAGGGCCAUGACCAGACAGACACCAAUAUUCAGAUAAGGUGUUUCUGCUCAAAUGUGCAAUGGCAUAAACCUAUUGUUUGUUGUUAAUUAUACAGUCAAGUUGAUUUUUUUUUAAAGGGAUUGCAUGAUUUACCUCUAGAUAUUUCGUUGUAUACACCUAAUGUAACAAUAAAUAGGAUUGUCACAUUA